UUUACCAGUGAACUCUAAACGUGAAUUCCAAGUAAGGUUAUUCAGCUGUCUCCCCGUCGACGAGCUAGCAUCGCAUCCCUUACUGCAAAAGUCAAUGCCACCCCUGCCAGGCGCCGAAUUGGUGCAAACGCCAGUACAGUUGUAUCGUUACCUUCUCCGCUGUUGUAAACGUUUGCCAUCCCCAGCUAUGCAGCAGCACUACCGGCACGCAGUUAGACAGAGUUUCAACAGUCACGUGGAUGAGGAUGACCCUGAACGGAUUAAGACGAUUAUUCAAAGAGCGAUAACAGAUGCUGACUGGAUUCUCGAUAAAUAUACAAGGAAGAAAUAACCUCAGAUCACAAAUGAUGAAUGAAUUGGCCCAACACUGUUGUCUCAGAGUACACGCUUGAUCAAUUUGUUUUCAUCACUGGAAAUACUAUACAAGUCUCUAGCUCUUUAAGGUAUUUAGGCUGGAUUUGCCACUCAGUG